GGAUUAAUUAAGAAAAUAUGGUAUGCGUUUCAGAUUCAGACGUCCUCGUCGACGACGACACCCGCGAGGACGCCAGGCGUCGGGGCGGACGCGACGACGACAGGAUCUGGGAAAGGCGGUGGCCGUGUGACGGAAGUGAUGGAGCUUUGCUACGUCACCGAAAGAAUCAUCGCGCUCUGGUACAGGGAAGAUGCGCAAGGAGUCCUCGAACACGCCACCGCUCUUCUGCGUGGAAAGCACGCGGAUAAUUAUAUGAUAUUCAAUCUUUCGUCACCGGGUCGUGCAGGAGAGCCGAACACGAGGGAAGCGGGAUGGCCUCAGGGUCUGGCACCCAGUUUGGAAAGAUUGUGCGCCUUGUGCAAGGAGCUGGACUCCUGGCUGAACGGGGCGCCGAAUCGCGUGGUCGUCCUCCACGCCAGGUGAGUCCUCUCUCUCUCUCUCUCGUUCG